AUGCCACCUGUGCCCCCUUUGCCACACAUUCCCGAGAGACUUAAAGUACAUCUCACACCCAGCGUUUUGGACAAGAUUAAAAAGAGAAUGCGCUAUCAGUCUGAUAGAUCCGAAAGGACAGACCAAAGUGGUGUGUCGUUCCAGGCACAGAACCAGCACGUGGGCACUUCCACUACACGCAAGUCAAGUGAUAGGAAGCGCUGGCCGUCUCUGAAAGCAAACAUCUCGGAGCCAAUAUCUAUCAUAGGCCCAUUUUCGGGAAGUUUGAACUUUGAAGCCAACAGCUAUGAGGCCCCUAAUCCAUCUUCGAGCCCACUACAGAGUCCCAAAUCACCCCCGAGGCAGAUCACUGUGGGGGGAGGCACCUUCCGGCCUUUCCACAGAAGGGGUAGAAGUGCUGGACUGAGUUGUCAACUUACGAAACCACGUCUCUCGCCUAUGGAGUACUGUCGAACGUACCUGAUUGAGAAGCACUUAUCCGACAGUGAGGAUCGACCAUGCGAACUCCCACCCCCCAGCAAACACUGGUUCUGGACGAACUACUACAAGCAAUUUCUGGUAAUACCACAAAUACCAAAAGUAAUCCGGCGUGAUUUGGAGCCUAUGUCUUUUGGAUUCAAUGUAGAAGGCACUGCCGCAGAUGAAUAUGCAGCUGAUUCUGAUGGGGAAUCAGUAUCAACUGUAAGGCCAGAAACUUAUGCCAAUGGGCCCAUGCGUCUGUCCCUUCACUUAGGUGGGGAGCCGAUUCUUCUACCCUCAUUCAUGGAUACCUUGCGUCUCAACUUGAGUAACGCUCAGGUCAAAAAGUCCUCAGAGUUGGGCAAAGAAGCUGGAGAUGGUCGCGGAUGCGCUGAUCCUGAGGAUAAGGAUAUGGUUGUGCUACGUAGAGUAUCAGCUGGGGGUGAGGUCGAUGAUUGGCGGCCUAUGAGCGAGUAUGAACCAGACGAGAAUGAUGAGAUAGCAAGUGCGAUCUCACCAAUUGAAGCUUCAGGGGACAAUGAUUUGACUGAGGACUCAGUCAAGACCACAAUGGGCACGGGGACUGGGGCUCACUUUGCACCCUUCGACAAUGCAGCUACCCUUGAAGAUCAGCAAGCAUCAAGUUUGCCCGACCCGGGCACCCCCUUUUCUCGUCAGAGUGUCCGGAGUAAUGAUCUGGCAGGUGACCCAGAUCAAGCUGAUAGACAAUCCCACAACGACUCUGGUAGCUUCAGGCUUUCGAGGCAGUUAUCCCGUAUAUGUAAAGAGGAAAUGUUUGUUUUGGAUUUUGCCACCCCACGGCCUAGAGGCAAGACUGUUCGCUGUACUCCCCAGCCGCUGGCAACAACAGACACACAGAGUCCCCUUGCUCGUUUCCCUAUUGCAGUUCAGCCAACUCAUAGAUUGACUCCAGGAACACUUACAAAACGUGUUGUUGGUGAUUCUGGUGGUAAACUCCUUUUUGAAGAUACCCGACAACCAAGAUUAAUCCCAAGUCAGGGUGACAAGCAUCACCAAGGGCUUUCUGCGGACCUAUGGGAGGCCGACACGGAAUCAAUUAUCUCUGAACUUCAACCAAGUCCCUUGCAUAUCAACAGACGGAAACAUAGGGCUAACACUGACGAAUCUGAUCGUAGAUGGCCAAGAUUGUUUGAUAGGGGGUAUGCUGAUCCGCCCACCACACUUGAGAUGCUUAGGAUCAGCGCCUCGGCUGAGCGAGACGGUUCCUUCGAUCCCGAAGUCUUCAGAAAUGACGAUGAUAUUCCAACAGAAGGAGAUCGUACCCCUCGUGGGCUGGGACACCAAGAGCAGGACCUCCUUCAGGCGACACCUGCGCCAAGAGGCCUUCAACGUUCAGCUUCCACAAUUAUUACCCCAACACAGUCUAUGAAAAGGCUCGAACACAAAGCAUCUUUCAACCUGGAAGCUAUGGCGCAUUCAGGUUUUACCCCGGAGCAUCGUAGGGAAAGUAUUUCGAGGGAUACAUUCCCCAGGUCGGGCAUAAUGCUCAACCUCCAGAGUACUCAGGAACGUCUUGGAUGGCCCCCUCAAGAUUCUAUUGAAAUGAGGACAACCAUAACAGAGAAGCCCCCCAAAGCAAGACGCUUGCCUGAUUUGCCGGACUCUGGGCGGCAUGAACGCGCUUUUGUACCAAGAGAAUGGAUGAAGGCUUUCGCAACUACACCCCGAAAGUCUAGAACCAUGCCGCGAAACGACGGACGAACUGAGACGCAUGGGGAGGCUUCUUCCGGGGUGGAUUGGCGAAAGACUUUGUUUCAGCCAAGUGCGACCAUGGAUGAGGGAGAUGCUGAGCGUUCAACAUCGGCCACUACGCGAGACUUCUCGCAACCUCAAAAGCUCCAAAAGCCGCCAUCACGAGCGAGACUUACUCCCAGCAGCACAUACAUUUCAUCAAACCAGCAGCUCGAUCGGUCAACUCGAGCCUCGUCCUUGAUGCCUCCCGGAAGUGAGGGAGACGUUCCUGAACGAAGAACCCCAUCACCCACCGCACCACAAACCACUGUCGUUCCACGGACACCAUCCUCGAGCAUCAGUAAUAUCUUCCGCAAGCGUAUCCGUUCGGAUUAUAAUCCCCCAGCCACUCCCAGAACACCGGCUGAGCCCACCUUGGCAUGGUCCCCGUUUGUUAACUGUGAACCGGAACCACCUUGUGCGUCGCCAUGGGUCUCGGGUAAUGGCGAAGGGAAAAGAGAGAAAGAAAAACGAGCGGCAUACUUCAGGGACAAGGUCGAGCGUGAGUUUCAGAACAGACAAUCGCCAAAGAGAUCCAGUCGUAAGGAUUCACUCGAAAGGGCGGCUAAUGGGGACUCUGUUCAAAACGACGUCACCGCCAAUAAUAGGACGAGUAAAGAGAGUCUUAUACAGUGGAAGCAGUUCCUCGAAGACGCCCCGGAACCGCUUUUCUCAUCACCCAGACCGCCUGUACCACCUCUUCCUUCUGAGACUCAACUAAACCUCGCACUCGGUCGACCUCCCAGACAGAUACAAACCACUACUGGGGCAACCGCGCGGGUUGAAGUGACUCCAGCUGCUACAUAUCGAGACAAGAAACCCCAGGGGCUAACAGUAGAGACACACAAGCUUCGUAAAGCAAUGCGUGAGGGGGCACAGACCCCAAGCAAAAACAAAUCGACGACGCCCGGAAGCAGCUUCAGGUCUACGUUUCGUUUGGAGGCAAGACGAAUGAGCUUUGGUCGACCAGCGGCGGACCACGAACCCCAGGGUAAAGACCGAGGAACCGAGACUUUUCCAAGAUGCGAGUGA